AUGACGAGCAGGGUAGGGCCACCUCUCAGGAUCCUGUCAGACUCGCUGAAGAAGCUUAGACGUGUGUCCGGAGCGAUAUUCUACGGUAGAAGAGAGGUGUCUCAUGUGGAGAUUGCCGGAACAUGCAUCGACAGAGGAAGAGUCUUUGCCAGGAUAUUAGACUUUUGUGGAGAGGUGUUGGUGGAAAUUGGGGACCAGAAAAUAGCUCUGGGCUCGUCUUAUCUGCUGGUAUGUAAGGUGCAAGCAAGAAGUGGAGGAAUAGGCCUGCACUGCAAGUCUGCAAAGAGGCUAGGCAUUUUCGAAGAGAUGUUCUUCUGGGCAGAGGCAGUCAAUCUGGAAGGAGGACUGCAAUAA